GCGUGUCCUUCUCUCAACCGUGCAGUCUUUCAUCAGACACUCCUUNAGAGUUUACUGCCUCAUCCAUCACCAUUACAGNAGAUAGCUCGUCUUAUCUGCAGUGGUCGAAUUCUUCUCUGUCUUUGGGUUUCGAAGGGGGGUCCAGCGAAGUUCUCACGCNGAGCAACGAUGAAAUUGCCGUUGGAAGUCCGAAUGAAUUGGCAUUCUCUGCGUCGAAUGNGACGAUAUCUGUUGACUCUGGUAGCUCUUAUAUCAAUUGGAGUGGGAGCUCGUUUUCUCUGCAAUUUGAGUCGGGGGUUGUUCCUUUUGCAAUUGCUGAUUCGUCGUUUUCUGNGAACAUGCGGGCUCAAUUUAAUAACUUGGUUGAAUUUGGCGGUCCUUAUCCUAUUUACAUCAGCGCAUCGGGCAUGUCGAGUAACCUUGAAGAACNAAGCUAUCCAUNGAUCGGUCAAUGGGGCUCAGGAAUUGGAAUUUUACCGGAUAGUGCAGCGACUACUGGUCCUUAUUUCACUGUUUUUGAACCAUCCUCGAGGGACGCUCUUUACUCUUUCAGUCCUUCUUCAGCUGAGUUCACGAAUCAAUNGAUUCUCUCACCAGGUUAUCCUUUGUCCUUCGAGUCAUCGGAUGUUACUAUUACAGUUGAUACUGGAAGUUCUUACGNGAACUGGUCGAAUUCUUCGUUAUCUUNAGGAUUUGCAGAUGGGUCUUCUCCUUCGAUAUCUUUAUCCAACGAUUCUCUUCAGUNAGCUCUUCCUUCCUCUCUUGAGUUUGGUCAGGAAAACGUUACAAUUUCUGUGGACGGUGGGAGCUCUUACCUCAACUGGACUGAUUCCUCUAUAUCUCUUGGUUUCGAGUCAGGUUCCGAACCUGCAUNGACUGCAACGGAUUCCUUGUUCACCGNGAACACUAGGUCUCAGUUUACCCGUCNAGUUCAAGNAGGAGGAAACCUUCCUGUUUAUCUCGGAGAACGAGGAGCUUCUCAAACGGGCUNAAGCUAUCCAUUGCUAUGCCAAGAUGAUGGAGGUUUCGGAGUCAUUUCUGAUUCUAGUGGGAACUCCAUACNGAAUCUUANGAAUCCUGCAGGGGAUAAUGUCUAUAAUUUCUACGUGGAUGAUGCUGUCUUUAGCGUUCCCAUUCAAAUGUCCUCAUCUGAACCCCUUGUAUUCACAUCCGAUUCCAUUACUAUUACUGNAGAUGGAGGUUCAUCGUACAUCCAAUGGUCAGACACUUCUCUGUCUANAGGCUUUGAGGGAGGAUCUGCUCCUUUCACAGUUACAGAUUCGUUGUUUACUGNGAAUACCAGAGCUCAGUUCACUCAUAUGUUGGAAGUCGGUGGUGAGUAUCCCGUAUACAUCGGAGCAACUGGGACAGCUCCUGGUAGUCNGACGUAUCCUUUGCUGUGUCAAGAUGGCCAAGGCUUCGGUAUCAUUCCUAGUGGUAGCGGCGACGUUUUUACUAUACNGAACGAGGAAAGUACAAACAUCUAUUUGUUUAGCACAGACUCUGCGAGUUUCUAUUUACCUCUGGUUCUUACGUCUUCUGAACCUUNAGAGUUUACGGCGUCUUCGGNGACAGUUACAGNAGAUAGCGGUUCAUCGUAUAUUCAAUGGUCAGACGCUGCUCUUUCUANAGGUUUUGAAGGAGGAUCGAUGGGGGCGCUUGCAUNGAGCAAUGAUGAAAUUAUCGNAGGAACUGCUAGUGAAUUCGUGUUCUCUGCUUCCGAUANAACGUNGACAGUUGAUUCAGGGAGCUCCUACAUGCAUUGGACAGGAAGUGAAUNAGCAGUUGGUUUUGAAAAUGGAGGGAAUCCUGCGUNGAGCUUAUCAAAUGAUUACAUUGCUGNAGGCGAGCCAAGCUCUGUUUCAUUUGAAGCAGAAGGAANAACGAUAUCUGNGAAUAGUGGUAGUUCUUAUGUCUAUUGGAAUGAUAACUCCUUUUCUGNAGGCUNGANAAACGGCAGCGAACCUGCUAUUACGUNAACUAACAAUCGUCUGCUAUUUGGAGAGGUUGAUACGUUGGCCUUUGCAUCGGGACAGGNAACUUUCACCAAUGCGACGACCAAUUUCACCUCAACUAUUACUUCUUCGGCUACUACUCCUUUGUCGUUUACUGCUUCUGGUGUUACUAUAUNAGNAGAUGAUGGUUCUUCCUCCGNAAAUUGGAGUGGGAACUCUUUGGCACNGAAUUUCACGGUGGAUGCUAUCACUGAACNAGGAACUGGUGGCGCCGCUUUUGAGUUCACUUCAGGUUCAGCAAACUUUAACGAGCAGUNAGUUCUCUCAACAUCUGAACCUUUGGCUUUUUCAGCUUCUUCUGNAACUCNGACAGUGGACAGCGGAAGUUCUUACGNGACAUGGUCGGACUCCUCGUUGUCUUNAGGAUUUGUGGAUGGAACUUCUCCUUCGAUAUCUUUAUUUAAUGAUUCUGUUCAGUNAAAUCUUCCUUCCUCUCUUGAGUUUGGCCAGGAGAACAUCACAAUUUCCGUGGACGGCGGGAGCUCCUACCUCAACUGGACUGAUUCCUCUAUAUCUCUUGGUUUCGAGUCAGGCUCCGAACCUGCAUNGACUGCAACGGAUUCCUUGCNGACAGNGAACACUAGGUCUCAGUUUACCCGUCNAGUUCAAGNAGGAGGAGCCUAUCCUGUUUAUCUCGGAGAACGAGGAACUGAAACAGGUUNAAGCUAUCCAUUGCUAUGCCAAGAUGCUGGAGGUUUCGGCAUCGUUCCCUCUGGAACUGGGGAUACUAACAUACUGGCUCUUANGAACAGUGAUGGAGAAAACACUUUUGUCUUCUAUGAGGACAAUGCAGUUUUCGACGCUCCAGUUCAAAUGUCCUCAUCUGAACCCCUCGUAUUCGCGUCCGAUUCCAUUACUAUUACUGNAGAUGGAGGUUCGUCGUACCUCCAGUGGUCCAACUCUUCUCUGUCU